UGCCCCGCUUCGCCUGAAGACAGGGUUUUCACGGGAGUCACUUGAACGCACCAUUAGGUCUGAUUGACGUGUGUGUCCCGGGGCAAACGUCACGAGUCCGAAAUCCUCCAUGGAGCAGGAGAGGAGUCUGGACGGGAGCAAUGGAGGACACGUGAGUAACAUGGAGGAGAUCGAGUGGUGUUAGUGUUGGUGUUAGAGCAGCGACUCAGACCUUCUCUCCUGGAGGAGAAACUAGAAGAAGAAGAGGAGGAAGCGGAGGGGCCGGGGCAGCAGCAGGUGCAUGUGGAUGGCGAUUUAAAAAAAAAAAAAACUCAAGGCAAACUCGAUCCACACAAACACAACACUGGGAGAAUUGAGCUAAAGCGAGCUGAGGCUGCGGGGGGAACGCUUUGCACCGCUUUCCCUCUUCAGAGGGGUUUGAGUCCCAGAGAAAGCUCCGGGCAGCUGCGGCGUCCCGUCCCCGUUUCUCCCGUCAAACAACAACAAACAUGGAGAAAGUGAACGGGAACUUGCCUCAGUUCAAACUCCGCCGUCCCGCCCGUCGCGAAGUGUGAGCGGGGAGCAGACAACAGCAGCCCCGGUGGAUUCAUGGUGAGGCUGAAGCUGUGAUUUUCAUUUGUGUCGGGGGGAUAUCACCGGAGCGCAGGAGGCGAUGGAGAACAAGCACAAGGCGGCCAAUGGAAGCCGCUCCGCCGCCGGAGGGAGAGCUAAAGACCGGGUGGACAGGUUGGAUCCAUAUGGCUUUGAGCGCCCAGAGGACUUUGACUACGAGUCAUAUGAGGAGCUCAUGUCCGAGUAUCUAGUUGUGCUCACCCAACGGGCAAUCAAGUGGUCCAAACUGCUGAAGGGCAAAAGCAAGGUGCAGAAGAAUUUAAAAUUAAAACGUUAUGUGCGUAAGGGGAUUCCCAAUGAGCACCGGGCUCUGAUUUGGAUGACAUGUAGUGGGGCUCAAGACCAGUUAGACAAGAACCCAGGAUACUACCAGUCCCUGCUUGGAGCCCAGCGCGACCCCAAACUGGUGGAAACCAUCUGCACAGAUUUGAACAGAACAUUUCCAGACAACAUCCAGUUCCGUAAGACAUCCAGCCCAUGUCUACAGAAAGUUCUGUUCAACGUGCUGCUGGCUUAUGGUCACCACAAUCCCACUGUGGGCUACUGCCAGGGGAUGAACUUCAUAGCUGGUUAUCUGCUCAUCAUCACAAAAGAUGAAGAGAAAUCCUUCUGGUUGAUGGAUGCACUACUGGGCAGAAUAUUACCAGACUAUUACAGUCCAGCCAUGCUGGGGUUGAAGACGGACCAGGAGGUGUUGGGGGAGCUGGUGAAGAUUAAAAUCCCUGGAGUUUGGCAGACCAUGGUGGAUCAUAAUGUCAUGUGGACCCUCGUGGUCUCCCGAUGGUUCAUCUGUCUCUACAUAGACAUCUUGCCAGUGGAGACUGUUCUGCGGAUUUGGGAUUGCCUGUUCUACGAGGGAUCAAAAAUCCUUUUCCGCGUUGCUGUGACGCUGAUCAACCACAACCAGACUCUGAUUCAACAGGCCCAGUCGCUGCCAGACGUCUGCCAAAUCUUCAAGCAGAUCACCCAUGGACCAUUUGUGGAUGAAUGCCACACCUUCAUGCAGAAAAUCUUCACGGAACCAAAAAGUCUCUCCAUGGCAACCUUGACUAAGCUGCGGGCGACAUGUCGAUCUCGCAUCAUUGCAGAAGAAUCCUGACCCAGACAGAUUCACCUGCUGCUCAAAUGAAUUCCACUGGGAGGAGCACCCAGCUGCUUGUUUGCACCUUUUUAAAACUCAAUCACAACUACUCCAUGUAGUUUUUGACUUAAACAUGUGUUUCCAUACAAUCUACAUGUUUUAUAUAUGAUCAUAUGAGAAAAUUAGUCAUGUGCUGUAUGAACUGAUGAUUCCAUUUCAACUUAAUAUGUGCUGUAGUUUAUCUUCUUUUGGUAAAAUGUGGACUAAUGCACUUUACUCUGAUAAGUCAGAGACACUGAAGAGAGCUGGUCUGGUAGCAAAUGGCCUGGUCUGAUAAAAUAUGUGUCAACACAGAGGAACCUGCCUGCAGCACUUCACAUUAUUGUGUCUGUAAUGAAUAUUAUAGAGCGGUGUGGUGUACUAUGCUGGCACAAUCCAAUGUGAAUCAUAUUGAUUUCACGACAGAAACUUCUUUCAACAAUCCUUCAUCUAAUGCUUUUCAUUCUUGUGCAUUAUGGUGAAGCAAUUAAAGGGCUGCUCUCAUUUUCUAACAA